UGCGGCGCCAAUAAAAGGGGAACUGCAGUGGCGAGCUCGGUUUCAUCAGCAGAGAUAGUGUCUGGAAGCGAAGAUCUUCUCGAAGAAAUCCUCCUACGAGUUCCCGCACGGCAACUUAUCCAACUCAAAUUGGUAUCCAAGAAGUGGCUCGCCUUCAUCUCCGGUCCCGAGUUCUGUCGUCGGCACAGUCGCCGCAAUGCCUUCCCCAAAGCUUCCGGAGUUUCCAUGCGCAGGAGGCGAACCGAAAUCGUAUUCAUCUCCCUCACCGGAAAAACCCAUACAUCCACUUCCCACUCUCUCGAUUUUGUCAAUUAUCCACCGGGGUUGAGAAUUUUGCAAUCCUGCAACGGCUUGCUGCUCUGUUCGAGUUUGUUUAUUGUCGGCUCCACAUGCGACUACUACGUCUGCAAUCCGACUACCGGAAGGUUCUCAAUGCUUCCUCCCCUUCUCACCGCUGAAUCAGACACUGUUUUGGGCGCUAAUUUAGCCUUCGAUCCCAGAAAAUCUCCUCACUAUGCGGUGGUUUGCGUUCGUCGCUCUUCGUCGUUGGUGUACCGUUACGAGAUUGAGAUAUAUUCAUCUGAAAUUGGCAAUUGGAGUGUUUGCGAGAGUCCCUGUGUUGCGCCAUAUUAUAUGUUUUUUGAUGAUGCCUUCUUCUGGAAUGGCGCGCUCCACUGGAUCAGUCUUCUUGGGGAAUCCAUUCGCUUUGAUGUGGAGAGACGAUCCCUCGCGAAAAUGCGGCAGGUUCAUACUCGGGGAACCCAUUCCCGGGGGAAGAGGAGAUAUAAUUUCUUUGGGAACCCUCACGGUCCUCUCCACCUUAUCGAAAUCCAUGGCGUACGCGUUACCAAGUUCAAUAUAUUUCUCAUGGAGGGAGACUACGCCAGUUGGGUUUUCAAGUACCAAGGGGAUUAUCCCAGAAGCCAUUGCUGGCUCUCUUAACUCCGAGAUCGCUUUACUUUUUACUCGUCAGGGGAGGAGAUGAAGAGGACAUAUUACUCCUGCUCCGUAUUGCAGGUAUGAUUGUUUCUUAUAAUGCCGCAAAAAAUACAUUCACGAACCUGCGUAACUUAGGCUGGUACGAGACGGCGGGUUUAUAUUAUGGAUGGCCCGAUGCGUACGAAUUCAUUGAGACUCUUGCUCGGGUGUGAAGACAUUGGACUCUUUGGUUUUGUUUAGUCUUAAAUCUUAUCAUGCCAUGGGGUUUUUUACUGUAGCUUCUGAUCAUCUCGUAUAUGGCUCUGUUUUUUUUUUUUUGUGAUAUUUCUGAAUUUGGGCAGAAUAAGUGAAAUUUGUGGAUAGCAAUUAUGAACAAAGUUGUUCAUAGUUUUUAGCUUUAUGGUUAUGGGUUCUUUUGUGACCAUUCAAUUACAAUCUGCAUAAG